GUGAGCAGCAUGUCGAGCGGCCAUUUUGUUAGCUAGCUUUGAGGUUACAGAGGUUAGCCGUUGCUCUGACGGUUCGGCGCUCACAUUUCGAAUAAAGCGAACGUGUGGAUGUUUUUGUUUUGGUCCAGUAUCCGGCCACACGCUCGUAAACAGGAGGCGGACUUGUGUAUUCGUUGAGACGGCGCUAAACCCGAUGCUCAUUCAUUUUUUAAGCUAACUUGAGUUUGCUAGCUUGUUAGCUCGGCCGGGCUAACUUGUUUGUGCGUAACGGGUGUGAGUGAAAGAAAACAUCCAUCUCUGAUGACCGCGGACUGUUAAGUGUUGCUGCGGGUGUGUGUCGCACACAGUUUGUCUGUCUGUGUGUGUGUGUUGUGGCUGCUCCGGUAUCUCAGCUCACACAGUUAGCAGGUUCACUUGAUCGAGCAUCGACGUUUUCAAAACGCGUGCAUCAUCACGGUGUUAGCCGCGCUCCAUCAGCGGAUUCCUGCCGGACGCAGAGAUCAUGUCGGAGCUGUACAUCCGUGUGGCGGAGGAGGAGAACGAGGAGCCGAUGGAGAUCCCCUCGGAGGACGACGGGACCGUAUUGCUGUCGUCGGUGGCGGCUCAGUUUCCAGGGGCGUGCGGGCUGCGCUACAGGAACCCGGAGUCCCAGUGCAUGAGGGGGGUCCGGCUCGUGGAGGGGGUCCUGCAUGCACCUGAGAACGACUGGGGGAGUCUGGUCUACGUCGUCAAUUAUCCCAAAGAUAACAAAAGGAAGAUGGAUGAAAUAGAUGCUGCCUCAGCUGUGAAAGUCAAGAGGGGCUUUCAGAAGACAUCAGAUCUCAUUGUCCUCGGACUACCGUGGAAAACAUCAGAACAAGACUUGAAAGACUAUUUCACUACUUUUGGGGAGGUCAUCAUGGUGCAGGUCAAGAGAGAUGCAAAAACUGGCAACUCAAAAGGAUUUGGAUUUGUCCGAUUCACUGAAUACGAGACACAAACCAAAGUCAUUGCUCAGAGACAUAUGAUUGAUGGAAGGUGGUGUGAUUGCAAACUUCCUAACUCAAGGAAUUUUCCUUUUGACUGUCCCUCUCAGGCAAGUCCUGAUGAGCCGAUGCGAAGCCGUAAAAUCUUUGUUGGCCGCUGCACAGAGGACAUGUCAACUGAUGACCUGAGGCAGUACUUCAUGCAGUACGGUGAAGUCACUGAUGUCUUCAUCCCCAAACCUUUCCGGGCUUUUGCAUUCGUCACAUUUGCUGACGACCAGGUCGCCCAAGCCCUGUGUGGCGAGGACUUGAUCAUCAAGGGCAUCAGCGUGCACAUCUCUAAUGCUGAGCCCAAACACAACAACAGUAGGCAAAUGAUGGAUCGUGGGCGGUUUGGGGCUGGUGGGUUCAGUCAGGGCUAUGGCAGUAAUCGUGGUGGGCUAGGCAGCGGUAGCAGUGGGGUUAACUUUGGGGCUCUCGGUCUUAACCCUGCAAUGGUGGCCGCUGCUCAGGCAGCUCUACAGAGCAGUUGGGGAAUGAUGGGCAUGCUGGCUAACCAGCAGGGUCUGACCACAACGGCAGGCACAGCCACUACAACCCGAGACCAGACCUAUAGCUCUGCCAGCACCAGUUACAGCAGCCCCAGCUCGGCUAGCCUCGGCUGGGCUGCAGGAACUAACACCGCCUCCAACAGCGGCUUCAGCUCUGGCUUUGGCACGUCUAUGGAGUCUAAGUCUUCUAGUUGGGGAAUGUAGAUAGCUUCUAGUUGGGUUUUUUGUUGCUAUUAGACUAAUCUGGUAAGUAUACCUAGGGGGGAGGGGGGGGGCUGCUUCUAUCUUUUUUUCUAGUUAUUUAAAAUUACACUGCCUUUUUACUUGGGUAAAGAGAAGAUUUGCAUGUGACUUAUGUUGUCGUGAACUGAAUGGGAGAACAUUUUAGUUUGUUAGAUGAAACUGCCACACCACCUUUGUUGUUUUCGAGAAAAUGUUCCGCAGAGAUGAUGUGCAUGCAAGAUAAAUAUUUAAACAUGCACGAGUAUUUUAAGUGCUCCUCAGCCCCUUGUAAAAUGGGCUUGAUAUGAUUCUAUGUGUGUAAGCAGUUGAUUGCAUAUUUUUGUUUGUAUUUUGUUUGACGUCUUUUGGAAACGCCUUCAUGAAAAUCUCUUCUGCAGUUCACCAACUCUUUCCCAAUUUCCCGGGAGGAAGCGCCUCAUUGGCAGCAAUGUUCGACAGAUCUCAGUAUCAGUUCCCCUCCUCCAAUGUGUAAAUGCUUUGUCAUCAAAGAACACAGCUUCACCCUGCAUAUACUGUAUUAGACGGUGGGUGUUCUUUUUCUCCUCUCCCCUUUUUUAUGGAUAUAGAAACAUUGUCUGCACUUGUCUCUUUUCAAGAUCAAUGAGUGGGAUUGGUGUUGGACCGAGUGAGAGAGAGCGAAAGGGAGAGCAAAAUGAAAGAAAGCAAGUGUGAGAAGGACUGUUUGUGAAUUUUAUUUUUUUUUCUUCUAAACAAAUGCCUGCGAGACAUGAGAAGAUCCUGUGCGAGUGUGAGAGGAAGAAGCAAGUACGAGUGUGUUCCUAAACUUCAUCACAAGGACAUUAUUGCAUCUUGAGAUUCCUACGGUCUGCUGUUAUGUCAUCGUUUUCUAUCAACCAUGUUUCUCUAAAUCAGAUUGAAAUGUCAAGUGCAAUGAUUUUUUUGUAUCCUUUCUCGGCUUUCUCUUCCUGUCUGAUUUGCAGUGAAUGCUGUGUCUGGUUGUGUGUUUUAUUUUCUCCUUGUUAACCACCCUCUCUGUGUGAAAAUGUGACUUUGUGCCCGUGUGGGUCUGUGUGGGGGGGUGAACUCUGAAAGUGUGUCGGUGUUUGAAAGUGAACUCGGAGGCUGAUGUGGUGAAUGUUUGACAAGUUCCCACUGGAAGUUUGUGUUUGAAGUGGUUACGAAUGCAUUUUUCUAUGUUUUGUGAAUCAAAGGGAAGUCUGAAAUAAAACUGAAUUUGAUUAGGUAUUAUACCCUCUUCACAGUGACUUAUUUUUGACUGACAUGAAUUAAACUGCCGACACUUUAAUUCACAUGUAUAGGGACCUCGGACACGGACAGCGCAGGUUUUCGUUGGAGUCAGUUGUGGAGAAGCUGAAGACAUUGGUGGGUGGGCCCGGUGCAAACCAUCAAUGGAAUAGCUGCUCGACUGUCCAACUCCUGAGAAGGAUCAGCUUCACCUCACUAUCAAGAAACCUCGGACCAUCCCUAAAUGAAAUUCAGUGGACCGUACUCAAUUGGGCUGAGGUAUUUGUGUAUACCUCCAAAAAAAGAAGACGAGGGGUAGGAUGAGAAAAGCUAUUCAUUCCGUCCUACUCCUGCUAAAGCAUGUAAUGCCUUAUCUGAAUUAUUUACUUGGAUUCUGAUGUCUACUGAUGUGUUCGCUCGUUUUUUUUAUUUUUUAACAUGUCUAAAAUAAAUUGGAUCAAACAGGCAAAUGUCUCACCUGCAGUUUGACAGCGAUCAUACUUGUUCUUUUUCCAAUCUUGUGGAACCCAAAGUCUGCCUUAAAUCUAACACCAUGCAUUUCUGUCAGUAAAUACUUGAUUCUUUGUCCUCCAUUAGAAGUGGGUGAUGGCUCGCUGAAGUGUUAACCUGUAGGUUUGUUUUCAAUGUGGUUAAAAAAAAAAAAAAAAAGUUUAGAUAAUUCUGAAAUAAGUGUUCUUGUUCUUUUUGUUUACCUUGAUUGUAAAGUGGUUGAAAUGUACGAGCUGACUGAUUUCCAAAGGGACUUAAACAACUGACUGAACAUGCCAGCAAAAAACUCACUUUGUAUAUUGAAAGAUUUUAGUAUUGCAGUGUAAAAUAAAAGUUGAGUUUUUAAUCUUC